AUGGUCGAUUAUCAAGAAGCCGGUGUUAGGCUUGUCCAUGCGCUGAUGGCUUGCGCCGAGGCCGUCCAGCAGGAAAACUUCAAGCUAGCCGAUGCCCUAGUCAAACACAUCAGAAUCCUCGCCGUGUCCCAAGCCGGCAGGAUGAGAAAAGUGGCGAACUACUUCGCCGAAGCCUUGGCUCGUCGGAUUUACAAAAUCUACCCUCAAGACACCCUGGAAUCCUCCUACACCGACGUCCUCCAGAUGCACUUUUACGAGACAUGCCCCUACUUGAAAUUCGCGCACUUCACGGCUAACCAAGCCAUUCUCAAGGCAUUCACGGAUUGUAGCCGAGUCCACGUCAUCGACUUAUGCUUGAAGCAAGGGAUGCAGUGGCCGGUGCUUAUGCAAGCUUUGGCUCUCAGACCCAGCGGCUCAACGGGAUAG